AAACAGACCUUUGUUCGAUUCACGAAAGAACGCAGGUUGCGUGGAGCCGGUCGAGGCCUCUUAGGCAUUCAUCGCAAUUCGCAGCAGAACGUUAGGCAUCUCGGAUUCUCGGCCAGGUCCAGGGCUCCGGGCGACGGCCGUCCAGCAGUCCAGCUGUAGAAUCUCACCUCCGGGCUUCAGCAGUCCCCUGUCCGCCGGUUCAGCAGCGACAGCGGCAAGUCUCGAAUCUCCCUUCAGUCCCUUGGCCUUUGCAGUUUGCAGGUGGGCAGGUUGUUAAGAGUAAUACAUACUCUCUCCCUCCACCCAGGCUGUUCGAACAUAUGUGACCCUAUGCUCGCCUUGUGUAUGGAACAACCUCAUGGGAUGUCCAAUUCAACGAUUGCGCUUUGACUGACGGCUUUGCUGAACUAUUUAUCAAAAAUAAUAUUGACUUUGGCGCAUAUGCUCUCCUAAGGCAUGUGGGAAACUUCACUUUUGAAGUAUUCAUGUUUGACAAACUAGGAUUUUCUCUUAACUUCGCUGGCAAACCCAUUGGCGUUUCAAAUCCGUUGCAUACCCCAGAUGACUUCCUUGUUUAUGUGGAGUCUUCUUUCAAAGAUUAUUCAUACAACCACUUGUAUUGUCACCCAUCCUUUCUCUUUGUGCCCAAGAAAACGAGUAAGGUAUGCUGUGAAGCCUUCCUUCGGUCAUGCAGCGAUAUGAGGAACCGCGUGCGCAUCUUCUAUGGCGACGAUGAUGCUUACUUUGUCAUUGGACCCCAAUCAAUGCACCACCAGAUUAAAACAACUUUCGAAUUGAAGCGCCAUUCCACUCUUUUCUUCAUUAGGCAUGGCAGGGGUCAGGCACUACUUUUUAUAAUUUCGUCAUGCGGGGUGGAGAAACUGCCAAGCAAACCACAUGUGUAUGAAAUACGGAGCACUGCCCGCACUGAGUUUGCUGAAGGCCCUUAAUUUCCCUCCAUCCAAUUACUAUGCUAUCCCUUUACUCUGGAGCUUACUGUUUUUUGCAACUGCACAUUUCAAGCAGCAUUAACCAAACUAUCAUGCCCUAGCUAUAUGCUUUGCUGAUAUUUUUGUUUGCUUUUUUGGGCCAACAAUCUAAUUGCAGUUUAAACACCCAACAUUUAUGUUUUUAUGACAUUGAAUUCCUUUUGGCUCGUUUGUGCUGUGUCUGC